UCGACGUCUCCCGCCGGGCACUGAUGGUUGACGGGCAGCUUCACCAUGGACGUCCCGACAGCGCAGGAAGCGCAGGCAUGGGCAAGCUACGUGCCCGCCGACCGUGGCACCUCGCCGGGCGCUGCGACGACGCGAUUACGGAAGCGCAGCUCGCUACCAGCGCCCAUCAAGAGCCCCAAGAGGCCGCCGUCGACAUAUGCCCGCACCCAGGCCGCCUCGCCCGAGGUCAUCUCGUCACUCAUCGACCAGCUGUCGGCCAUUGCCCUGCCCGCCCACAAUCACUUUGAGAAUCUGGCCGUCGGCUACGGCAACAGCACGAGUGUGUCGCUGCCCGCGAGCCCCGGCCUGCACACCUUCUCGCGCUUCCCCUCGCACCCGGGCCACCAUGGGCCUGCGCCCGACCACACGGCCCUGUACGACGCCCUGAGAGAGCAGAACCAGCGCUACCCCGACGACGGCGACGACGACGACGACGACGCCUGCGAGCCGCCCGUCGUGCGCACCUCGAAGCCGCCCUCGGGCAGGUCGGCCCUCACCGCGCCCAGGAAGACGGAGCGGCCCCACUCGCUCACCAGCUACAUCAAGCGCAGCGCCAGCAGCUCCGCGUCCAUCCACUCCGCCCACUCGAACCGCUCCGCCUGCAGCAUCGGCAACGUCAGCGUUGAGGCGGGCAUACAGCGCCAGCCCUCCGCCGGCAGCAACCGGUCGUCGGCCGAGAGCAAGCGCAGCCUCAAGGGCCGCAGCCUGAUGUACAUGAGCUCACGUGAGCAGCUCAAGCAGAAGGAGACGGACCGCAAGCGCGCCUCUGCCCACCCGCCCGACGACCUCGCCUCGCCCACGUCCCCGCGCAAGACGGCGCACCUGUUCCCCUACGAGGACACGAUCAAGGAAGAGCCCCACGCUAAGGAGGACCCACUGCCGCCGCUUGCCGAGCCCUCCAGACUCGCCCAGUGGUAUCCGAGCAGGGGCGACAGCCCGCGCCGCAUCCGCAUCAAUCUGGUCGACGGCCCCGGCGGCGAGAGUCCGGCCGAAAAAGGCCUGAUCCCCGCCCGCCGCUCGUCCCUGCAUCAUUCUGGGAGUCCUACUAAGAAGGGCAAAAAGAGCCAGGCUAGCAAGCGCAGUGAGCGCGAGCGCGAGCGACACAACACCGCCACUGCCCCACCUCGACCUCCACUUCGACAAGAGAGCGAUACGAUGGAUUCCGAGUCGGUCAUGAAAGAGAAGAUCCUCGAGGAGCUGGAGCAGGAGGAAAGCGAUGUCGCCAAGAGAAUUCGGCAGCUGCGGCAACAAAAGUUGCUCAGGGACAAGCUAGCUGGGAAGCUCCCAGAAGACAGCAACGCAGAGGCGUCUAGUUAUGUAACCCACGUCCCAGCCUCUUCCAGCCCGGACUGCUCGCCCACCUCGACCAACUCGAGCGCCUCAGAACCGCGAGUGCAGAGCUCCACCAAAGCACACAAGAUUCUUGGAAUUAAUACGGGGAGAGCAAUGACCGACUCGCCGCCAGACAGAAAAGGCACUCGCAGCGUGGAGCCCCAAGCCCUGGACCAGAAAUCGUCAUGGCGCCAUGCGCGGCAUAGGAGCCUGACGGUGAACGAUGGCGACGAUUUCAAUUCGCUUCCCAUCAACUAUACUCUCGCUCUCCAAAGCCUUGCAGGAUCAGCACCCUCGUCUCCUGUCGUCGAGUCGUACCGCGCAGAGUCUUAUCGCGCAGAAUCUCAUCGCGCAGAGUCUCUUCGUCCGAUUUCGCCUGCACCCCCAAGCAUCAGCAUGGGCUCAACUAGGAAUACGAUCUCCAGUCGUGGUACAAUGCAACGAUCCAAUUCGUUUGUCGCAGUCGGUGGGAGGUCAGCAGUUGGGCGCAAAGUGAAUAUUGCGACGUCUAUAGGUGCACCUACUCGACACAGACACUCCUCAAGUAUCACCAGUGACACUGCUAGCGAAAGACUUCCGUCGCUCCGUUCUACCAGUGAAGACAUAUCAUCCCGGCCCCAGACGCUCAAUGCCAGCUUGUCAGCAUCGAACGUCGUACAGCUCCAGCAGCGCCGUGGGCUAAAGAAACAGCGGUGGUCGCAUCCAGAUUUACCGGCAAAAGUGGAAAAGGAGCACAAUGGUAGGAUUGAUGCACAGGAAGCAGUAGCGCCUGUCCAGAAACCUUCACGUCCGGCCCCUCAAGAGCGCCCUGACAGCAUUGACUCCGUUGACAUUGACGUGAAUAAAUUUCUCAAUGCGCCGCGUCUGUCACAGAAGAUUCGACAUCCGCAAACUGGGAGGAUCAUCUCGUUUUCGGAAGUUGGAGAUCCUGAGGGGUUCGCUAUUUUUGUCUGUGUAGGUAUGGGUUUGACGAGAUUCGUCAUGGCUUUUUACGACCAGCUUGCUUUCACGUUGAAGUUGCGCCUUAUUACACCAGAGCGUCCUGGUAUUGGAGGAAGUCAAGCAGAUCCCAAUGGCACUCCCCUCAGCUGGCCUGAUGAUGUCCUUGUGAUUUGCCAGGCUUUGAAGAUCACCAAGUUCUCUCUACUCGCGCACUCGGCAGGCGCGGUAUAUGCUCUGGCUACUUCGUUGCGAAUGCCCCAGCAUAUUCGUGGACGAGUGCACCUACUAGCACCCUGGAUUCCCCCAUCCCAAAUGGCGCCCAUUGGCAUGAGCCAGGACUCACCCCCAACGCAACAACUCCCCCGCUCCCAACGCUUCCUCCGAACGCUCCCUCCCUCGCUCCUCAAAAUCGCCAACUCCACCUUCCUCAGCUCCACAAGCGCCAGCCUCCAACGCACAGGACCCAAGAACUCCUCCAAGAUAAAGCGUCGCCCCAUCGGCCCCCAAGCAGUCCCAGCACAAGCCCCUCCCCAGCGCCCCUCCCUAAAAGACACGCAGCGAAACUCAAUGCUCCUCAUGGACCAAGUCCUCCCAAACGCCACAUCCCUCUCCCUCGCCGCCGCAAGCCCAACAUGCGCCACCUUCGACGAAGCGCGCGAAGCCCUCUCCCUCGCAGAGCAAGACCGCCAACGCGCCUUCGACGAGCGCCUCACCUUCGCCAUCUGGGACCGCGCAACCGCAAACGCAAACCCAGCCACCGACCUCAUCGUCUGCCUCGAAACAAAGCAACCUAUCGGCUUCCGCUACGAGGACAUCAACCGCCCCGUCGUCAUCCACCAUGGCAGCAAGGACUCCCGCGUCCCUGCUGAUAAUGUCCGCUGGCUCGGCAAGUUGAUGCGCAAAUGUGAGGUUCGGAUUCUGGAGGGCGAGCAGCAUGGGCUUAUGGCGUCGGCGAAUGUUAUGGGUAAUGUGCUCACGGAAAUGGCGAGUGAUUGGGAGGAUUGGACGGCGAUUACCGGGCAGAAGAGUAGUGGGGAUUUGCGUACGGUGGCGAAGCGGAGGACGAUGGAGAGACUGCGGAAUGCGGGCGCGUAGGUGGGAGGAAGGUGUGUCUUCUUUUUUUUCUUUUUUGGAGGGGCUGUUUGGGGUGAGAGCGAGAGAGUGAGAGUGAGAUGGAUCUGCGAAAAGCGCUUUUUGAAGGUGAUGGUUGGAUGGACCGAUGGACUGAUGGACCGAUGGACGAUAUACCCCCUCUUUUCUUGUGUUUGUUUUGAAUUUUUGAGCAUUGGUUUGUUAGAGCACUAUUUUGUAAUUCAACAUCUCUUUUCUCUCUUUUGUUGCGAAGAGCUUACUUCACUAUACCCCCACCCCCUUCCCCCCACUUUUUUCUUUCGGUCAGAGACCUGGUGCGCUUGGUAGAUGGAUGGAUGGAUGGACGGCUUUGUGUGUAGAUUGCUUGUAAUGGUCGUUUUGACUACCUAGCAUAUCAAUCUGUUGGUAUAUACAUGCAUCAGUGUACUUGGAGGUGGGCUUGUAAAUCUUGAUUCUUGUCAAGUAGACUUUCGAUGAUGGAGACGCUGUUUAUUUGCAC